CCUCACCCCGCCACAGGCGGCGUAAAAGUGGCCCCGCCUCCAACCACUGCCCCUCCCACGGUCACAACCCCAACACCUUAUUGGCCGACAGGGUCACGUGACCAGAGGGGAGUGUAUAUAGGAGACGCGUGGCGCGGGGCAAGGGUCAGACUGCUACACAACAACACACAGGUCGAGAUGUCUGUGUCUGAUUGGUUCUUCCCCGUCCAACACUCGGGCUACACCAGCCCUUUGGACUCAGUGUACUUGGAGCCUCUGUCGUGUUCGAGCCCAGCCUAUUCGAGUCCGCCCUACACCACUGGAUCUUAUACCCUGCCCGUUCAGUGCCCCAAGAGUACAAUCAUCGCCCAGCAGGCGAGGUUUUGGUCAGAAUCCGAAAGACGAAGCAGUUCGGAUGGACGCCCGAGUCCCUCCUGCUCGCCCUCCAGCAGUUGCGAGAGUGUAGAUGGGACGUCGUCGUCGGUCUCCUCGUCUUCUGCCUCGGCGCCUUCAUCGUCGUCCUCCUCCAGAACCUGGGGAGGAAACAACAGUGGCCCAGCGUCAUGGUCUUGGGGCGCUCCUGGCACCACGCACCCCGUCCUGGCAGCAGUGACGGAAAUGAACAGUGGCGAUCCGGAUGCCAUCAUCGCCAACGGCCGAGGAAGACAGACGAAGUGUCGCAGGAAAACGCCGAAAAUCGUCGGCAGGGAAGUGAUUAAGAAACGCCGCUUGGCAGCGAACGCCCGCGAAAGAAGACGAAUGAAUGGACUUAACGACGCCUUUGAUAAACUCCGCGAACAUAUUCCUGCUCUCAGUGGUGACCAGAAACUGUCCAAGUUCGAAACCCUCCAGAUGGCGCAGACUUACAUAUCAGCGCUAGUGGAACUCCUGCAAUAGUGCCAGGGAGGGAGGUCUUGGUGUGUGCGUGAGUGUUUUCUGGUCAGCUGACUCUCGUGUCAGCCAAUACGUCAGGAAUCUGUGAUCUCCUAAAUGUGCAACAAUGUUACACCUCUUGAUGGCAUUACCCAUGUGAUAAUCAAGGUAUUAUUAGACUAAUUUCUAAGCAUCAAAGCUGAAAAGACAAGAACCAGUAACCAUGACAAUAGAAAAUAAGGCAUUUUGUCACGUGGCAUUGUACCUCAUCUUGUUUUUUUUUAUUCACUUAAUUUUAUAGAAUAGCUUCUGAUUCUGAAUUCCGUCCAUAUUACAGCCAAGUUUAAUUCCUUUGGGAAUCUCUAAAAGUAUUAAGUGAGGUAGGUUCAGAUUACUAGACGUACUUUUAUUGUUUAUCAUUUUUCAUUUGAUUUAGUUGAUAAGCAUUGUACAACUUUGACGUGUGAGAGUGUUAUGUACUGAGAUAUAUAUUAUUUUGUUAAUAAAGC